AAUGGCACACCAGUCUCAUUUUUUUGUCCCCACGAAAGGAACAAAGUUUGAAGCAGAUUAGCGUAACUCUCUUUACUUUACUGUAGGAUAGGCUAAUAAAUAACCAUGCCGAAAAAAGGACGAGGUCGCAAGAAGAACCGGACUCAUGUCAAGGAUUUAGAAGAAAGCAAACCUGAGAAUGCGCUGGUAUCCAACAAGCAAGAAACCAAAGUCCCCAAGUCUCUGGUGAUUCGUCGUGGCAAGACCGAACACGAAGUGGCCGAAUUGGUGGAAGAUUUGCGCAAACUAAUGCUCCCUUACACGGCCUUGCAGUUUCAAGAAGAUCCCCGGAAUCGAAAAUUGACUCUGGAAAAAUACUGUCAAAAGCUGGCAUUGCCCAUGGGGAUUACUCACAUCAUGGCAUUUACGCAAAAUGAGACCCGUUUGAAUCUGCGCUUGGCAAGGACCCCCGAAGGACCCACCAUUACCUUUCGAGUCACGCAAUUCUCACUCAAUAAACACAUCAAGUCACUACAACGACGACCCAUGGCAGACAAUGCCAGAGCACUGCAUCAGAAUCCACCCAUUGUCGUUACCAACAAUUUUGGAGAUGCCUCGGCACCACCACAAAUCAAAUUGCUGCGAAUUACUUUUCAAAAUAUGUUCCCUGCCAUUAAUGUGGCAUCGGUGCGACUGGCAGAUUGUCGGCGUGUCGUCUUGUUUCAUUUGGUAGACGAAGAAGUAGUGGAAGAAGAAUCAUCCUCCAAAGAUGAUGACAAAACUACCAAAACGACGACAACUCGCACGGUUAUCAAACAACGCGUCCAAAUACGACAUUAUGCCAUCAAGGCAAACCCCGUGGGAGUGAAUCGCAAAGUACGACGUCUGAUUCAAAGCAAAUUGCCAAACCUCAACAAGGUACAAGACAUUGCGGACUAUAUUACCGGACAACAAGCCGGAGCUACAGGCGAUGUCAGUGACUCGGAAGCCGAAGAGGACCCUCAGCAUCAAGUGGUCCUGCCACAAUCCUAUGGCGGUAAUGUCAAAUCACAAAAAAGUGCCCUCAAAUUGGUUGAAUUAGGACCGAGGCUAUCCCUCGAGCUCAUCAAGGUGGAAAAGGGAUUGGGCGGUGGGGAUGUCAUGUUUCAUGCCUAUGAGAAAAAGACACCCGAGGAAGCCAAGGCAUUAAAGGAACGCAAAGAUCGGGAACGAAACCUGAAGCAACAGCGAAAAGAAGAACAACAACGUAAUGUGGAUCGAAAACGCAAGGCAGAAGACGAAAAGAGAGUGGCCAAGAGGAAACGAAAAGAAGAGCGGGAACAGGCCACCAUGGAAGCGCUGAGGCAAGGAGGCGGUGCCGCUUCUGGCAUGUCCAUGGAGGAGGAGGAACAGAGUGACGAUGAUAACAGCAAGCAGGAUGAAUCCGAAAGCGAGGGUGACAAUGACAGUGGAAGUGAUGAAUAAAUAAUGGAGGACACGGUGUUGCCAAGCAAGAACAGGAUACAGUUGUAGUCCAUCAUUGUGUUGAGCACUAUGCCAUCGUUUAACUUCUGUUAUCAAUCAUGCUGUUGCUUGAUGCAU